AUGCUCGCGUCGUCGUCGUCCGUCCGCGCCUCCGGCGCGACCGCCGGCCGCGCGACGCGCGCGCCUCGCGCGACGAGAAGAGUCGCGUCGUCGUCCGCGCGACCCGGACGACGUCGCGCGCGGUCGUCCGCGUCCGAUCGCGCGCACCGCCCCGGCCCCAACACGUCCUCCUCCUCCUCCGUCGUCGUCGCCGCGGGACCAACGCCCGCCGCGACGUUCGAGCUCGCCGUGGACGCGGCCAGGGCAGGUGCGAUCUCUCUCGACGACCCGGCCUCGCUGAUCGGCCCGGUCGGCUCGCUCGUCGCGGUCGCGUACAUCGCGCGCGUGGUCUGGACCGGCACGGAGACCAUCAAGCGCCUCAAGGCGGAGCUCACCGCGGAGGGGUACGACGUCGACGAGUUCAACAAAGUCGGCGAGCUGAAGGCGAUUCGAAACGCGGUGGACAACGGCACCGUGGACGGCAUCUACGACAAGGUGUGGUACAACCGGUUGGUGAUGAGCGCGGGCGCGGGGAGCAUCACGGACGUGCAAAAGGCGAAAGCGUACUGGCGGAAGCGCGGGGUCACGGUGAACACGCUCGCGGACAUGGACAAGGUGACGAAGUAUAUGGAGAAGAAGUACGGCAAGUCCGCGAAGAUGAACAAGUAG